ACAUAAAAAUUAGUAAAUUUAACAAAUAGUCAACCAAAGUUGAGAGAUAGGAGAUGUUAAGUUACUUGGUCUAUGGUAUAGCCCCUUUAGUCAUAGAGUUGAAUGGGCUCUCAAGACUAAGGGUGUCCAAUAUGAAUUUAUAGAACAAGAUUUACAAAAUAAGAGCCCUUUGCUUCUUGAAUCUAAUCCAAUUCACAAGAAAAUUCCAGUGUUAAUUCACAAUGGAAAGUCCAUUCGUGAGUCUAUGGUAAUUGUUGAAUACAUUGAUGAAACAUUUGAAGGCCCUUCCAUCUUGCCUGAAGACCCUUAUGAUCGAGCUUUAGCUUGUUUUUGGGUUAAAUUCCUUGAAGAUCAGAUUGCGGCCGUGGGGAAAAGUAUCUUUUUGAAAGGAGAGGAACAAGAGAGAGAAAAAAAGGCAGCUUGUGAGAUGUUGAAAAUUCUUGAAAAUGAGCUCAAGGACAAGAAGUUUUUUGUCGAUGACAAAUUUGGAUUAGCUGAUAUUGCUGCAAAUGUAUUGGCAAUUUGGCUUGGGGUUUUUGAAGAAGCCUCUGGAGUGGCUUUGGUUACAAGUGAAAAUUUCCCAACUUUAUAUGCUUGGAGAAAUGAAUAUUGCAUUCAAAAUAAGGAAUAUUUACCUUCUAGAGAAGAAUUGCUUGUCCAUUUCCAACCUCGUUUUCCACCUAAAGCAAAAUAAAUGAAUUUUUUAAAAAUAAAUAAAUGAAUUUCAAGAAUUGUGUGAUAAUAAAAAAUUGAGAUGGAUUUAGGACAUCUUUUUGUGAGUUCAAUUGAAAUUGAUUUUGAAUUGAACUAGGUAUACGUAAGCAAAAAAAUAUUUUUAAAAUGUAUGGUUGUCACAAGAUUUAUAUAUCUUUAUUUCAUUAGUUAAUAAAGAUCUUUGAAUUCAUGUAAUGAAUAAAAGUGAGGUCAUUUGGUAUGGUGUGUAUGAGUAAUGUAAAAUAUGAUGUAUUAGUAAUGAUAA